CUCUCUGAAUUGAGUCACUCGUUACGUUUUUAUCGUCACUUCUGAGUUCUGCAGUGCACACAGAGAAUCCCAAAAGAGGGAAAAGAAUAACCAAAAAGAAACAAAAGGCCGGCAGGCCGGCAGCAUCUUUACCUCUCUGGACCACCUUUUUUUUUUUUUUUUGUUUUAAUUUAAAUAUUCAAUUUAACCAUCAUUGCUCCAAGAAGAUCAAGAAACACAGUUGGAUUACAGUGCUGCAAAGUCUUACGUUAGAUUCAUUGAACCUGGACAGGUUUUGGUUCUUUGUUAGUGGGGCUUGGAGCUUGGUAGCUAGGGUAAGGGAUUAGUUGAUCUUAUUCUCCCUAUUCUGUGGACCGUCCAGAGUGCCAAGGAAAAGGCAUGUGAGAGUUGGAAGUGUGGGGCCCACUGAAUUUCUAGGCCCCUAACGUGUCAUCCACUAUCAAUGGUGUUCAAGAAAGGCAUCUGGCCUGGGGGAUGGAGGUGAGUUAAAAGAGAGCUUUUUAUGCUGGGCCAUAGUAAAGUGGAGGCAGUCAAGACAGGAGAGAUGGAGACAAGAAGUUUGUCAUCUUCACAACAUGAAGAAAGCGUACCAUACAUUCACAGGGUUGGGGCCCCUCCAAAAGUGAACCUCUUCAAGGAGUUCAAGAACACGGUUAAGGAAACGCUAUUUUCAGAUGAUCCUUUGCGCUCAUUUAAGGAUCAGCCAAGGUCGCGAAAGUUUGUCCUUUUCAUCCAGGCAGUUUUCCCCAUUCUUGAAUGGGGAAGACACUAUAGCUUCGCUAAAUUCAGAGGAGAUCUCAUUUCUGGUCUCACCAUCGCAAGCCUCUGCAUUCCUCAGGACAUUGGGUAUUCCAAGCUGGCAAACUUAGAUCCUCAGUAUGGAUUAUACUCCAGCUUUGUUCCACCAUUGAUUUACGCAUUCAUGGGCAGCUCAAGAGAUAUUGCCAUAGGGCCAGUUGCUGUUGUGUCUCUCUUGCUGGGAACUAUGCUUCGGAAUGAAAUUGAUCCUGUUAAAAACAAAACUGAGUACAUGAGGCUUGCAUUUACUGCCACUUUUUUUGCUGGCAUCACACAAGCAAUCCUUGGAAUUCUCAGAUUGGGGUUUUUAAUCGAUUUCUUGUCUCAUGCUGCUGUUGUUGGUUUUAUGGGUGGUGCGGCCAUCACAAUAGCCCUCCAGCAGCUAAAAGGUUUUCUUGGCAUAAAAAAAUUUACUAAGAAAACUGAUAUUGUCUCUGUAAUGAAGUCUGUAUGGGGCUCAGUCCAUCAUGGAGUAUGCAUUUUCUCUUCCUCGUUAUCAAUCAGCUCCAUUUUUCCUGAGGAUGAAACACUAACCUAUUUGCAUUUAUUUCCCAUUGACUUGCAGUGGAAUUGGCAGACCAUUCUCAUUGGAGCUUCCUUCUUAGCUUUCCUGUUAUUAGCAAAGUAUAUUGGGAAGAAAAACAAGAAAUUCUUUUGGGUACCUGCAAUUGCUCCACUAAUAUCUGUCGUUCUCUCUACGUUCUUUGUCUACAUUACACAUGCAGAAAAGAGAGGAGUUGAGAUUGUAAGACACAUUGAAAAAGGAAUCAAUCCUUCCUCUGUGAAUGAAAUUUACUUUUCUGGAGAAUAUGUUUUGAAAGGAGUGAGGAUCGGUAUUGUAGCUGGCAUGAUUGCAUUAACAGAAGCUGUGGCGAUUGGGCGAACAUUUGCUUCCAUGAAGGACUAUCAAUUGGAUGGAAACAAGGAAAUGGUGGCACUAGGAGCCAUGAACAUUGUUGGCUCAAUGACCUCCUGCUAUGUGGCAACAGGUUCCUUUUCUCGCUCAGCAGUAAACUUCAUGGCCGGUUGCAACACAGCAGUUUCUAACAUUGUCAUGUCCUGUGUUGUAUUUCUAACUUUGGAAUUUAUAACCCCCAUCUUUAAGUACACACCAAACGCAAUCCUUUCUGCCAUCAUUAUCUCUGCAGUCAUCGGCUUAAUAGAUUAUGAAGCAGCGAUCUUGAUCUGGAAAAUAGAUAAAUUUGAUUUUGUUGCUUGUAUGGGGGCAUUUCUAGGUGUGGUUUUUGUCAGUGUUGAGAUUGGUCUUUUAAUCGCGGUUUCAAUAUCCUUUGCUAAGAUUCUCCUACAAGUAACGAGGCCUCGUACAGCCAGUCUUGGUAGGAUUCCUAGGACAAAUGUCUAUAGGAAUAUCCAGCAAUACCCUGAAGCAACUAAGGUUCCGGGUGUAUUGAUUGUUAGGGUUGACUCCGCAAUCUAUUUUUCAAACUCCAACUAUACAAGGGAGAGAAUAUUAAGAUGGCUGGAAGAUGAGGAAGAGCACCUGAAAGCAGCUUCCCUUCCCAGAAUUGAGUUUCUAAUACUUGAGAUGUCGCCUGUUACUGACAUCGACACCAGCGGCAUCCACGCCUUGGAAGAGCUGCACAGUAGCCUACAGAAAAGGAAUGUUCAGCUUGUUCUGGCAAACCCGGGAAGAGUGGUGAUUGACAAGCUUCAUGCAUCCAACUUUACCAACCUCAUUGGCGAGGAAAAAAUCUUCCUAACAGUAGCAGAUGCAGUGCUAACAUGUUCGCCAAAAUUGGCAGAUGUGUAAUGGAAGCAAGGAGACAGAACAGGGUAGUUUAAGACAGAAAAAGAGAGAUAGCAUAAAGGAAUACAAGGUGCAUGCAUAUAUAUGUAGACCAGGACGAAAAGGGCCAUUUGUAUUAGUAUAUUUUGUAGUGCCUGAUGAUAUCCUUAAGAAAGUGACUGAUACCCUUAUCCAAUAAAAAGGCAGGCCACAGUGGCCAUAUAUGAUAAGGUUGAGUAAAGGUGAAAAAAGUAAA